AUGGAGACCCGGUCUUGUCCGUCCAUGUGGGAGCUUCGCGCUAUCGCCCGUGAGCGUGGCCUCAAGUACUAUAUGCAUCUAUCUAAGCCCCAGCUCUUCUCACUGCUACAGCGCAAAGAAGGCGGUGGUUUGUUUAAGCCGGCAGAAGAUGCACAGGAGGACGCCGUGCGGCUCAUAGAGAGCGCCCAGGUGACGACAACGCGCUCUAGCGAGCGUCUGUCGUGUCUUAAGAAGCGCAAGACCCGCGAGAACGACAAGGCGGAGGCCCUGAGAAACAAGAAGAAGGCCAAGAUAGUCAUCAAUACGAUCGAUCCCAUCAUGCUUGCGGAAUUAGGUCCGCAUACGUUUGAGUUUACGCGAACAAAUGGAUCAGUGGUGGUGUACAAUGUGGAGUCACUUGUGCAAUACAUUUUGGCUACGGGGGACUUUUCUGAGCCGGAGACGCGCAUUCCAUUCUCAGACGAGGACUUGCGCCGAAUUGAUAGUGAGGCGAGCAAGGCAAAGCUAAACGAGAAAAGUGUCGUGGAUGCCAUGAAGAACAAGCACAAGUUUGAAGAACAGAAGGUGAAGCGAGAUGGUGUUUUGGGACUGGAGCGGUGUGCGUCCGAGUACGUAAACAAGAUGCUGGAGAUUGUGGAGAGCGAUGACCCCGAGGAGGGAGCGAUGCUUCUAAUCAUGAGCGUGUUUCCAUCGUUCUCGGACAGUUUUGAACAGAUUCGAAGGAACGAUUCAGAGUACGCCAGUCACAGCAUGUGCCACUACAUUCAGUACAUGAAGGGCCCUAAGAACCGGCCGACCGUCGACCACAGCGGUCUAUUGCCAAUUAUAUUAGGCUUCCUUGAGGAGGUUGCCAAGGGCAAACAAGGUGCUAGCACUUUUGGGUUUUAA